GGCCUUCCAGCCUGGGACAAACCAAAGCACUGUCCAGACCGAGAACACGACUGGAAGCUAGUAGGAAUGUCUGAAGCCUGCCUACAUAGGAAGAGCCAUGCGGAGAGGCGCAGCGCAUUGAAAAAUGAACAGACAUCACCACAUCUCAUCCAGGCCACUUGGACUAGCUCAAUAUUCCAUCUGGACCAUGACGAUGUGACUGAUCAGAAUGUCCCAAGUGCCCAGACCUUCCAAACAGAAGAGAAGAAAUGUAAAGGGUACAUCCCCAGUUACUUAGACAAGGACGAGCUAUGUGUAGUGUGUGGUGACAAAGCCACGGGGUAUCACUACCGCUGCAUCACGUGUGAAGGCUGCAAGGGUUUCUUUAGAAGAACCAUUCAGAAAAAUCUCCAUCCAUCCUAUUCCUGUAAAUAUGAAGGAAAAUGUGUCAUAGACAAAGUUACGCGAAAUCAGUGCCAGGAAUGUCGCUUUAAAAAAUGCAUCUAUGUUGGCAUGGCAACAGAUUUGGUACUGGAUGACAGCAAGAGGCUGGCGAAGAGGAAACUGAUUGAGGAGAACCGGGAGAAGAGACGACGGGAAGAACUGCAGAAAUCCAUCGGGCACAAGCCAGAGCCCACAGACGAGGAGUGGGAGCUCAUCAAAACUGUCACGGAAGCCCACGUGGCCACCAAUGCCCAAGGCAGCCACUGGAAGCAGAAACGGAAAUUCCUGCCAGAAGAUAUUGGACAAGCACCAAUAGUAAAUGCCCCAGAAGGUGGAAAGGUUGACUUGGAAGCCUUCAGCCAUUUUACAAAAAUCAUCACACCAGCAAUUACCAGAGUGGUGGAUUUUGCCAAAAAGUUGCCUAUGUUUUGUGAGCUGCCAUGUGAAGACCAGAUAAUCCUCCUCAAAGGCUGCUGCAUGGAGAUCAUGUCCCUUCGCGCUGCUGUGCGCUAUGACCCAGAAAGUGAGACUUUAACCUUGAAUGGGGAAAUGGCAGUGACGCGGGGCCAGCUGAAGAAUGGGGGUCUUGGGGUGGUGUCGGACGCCAUCUUUGACCUGGGCAUGUCACUGUCUUCUUUCAACCUGGAUGACACAGAAGUAGCUCUCCUUCAGGCUGUCCUCCUGAUGUCUUCAGACCGCCCAGGGCUCGCCUGUGUUGAAAGAAUAGAAAAAUACCAAGAUAGUUUCCUGCUGGCCUUUGAACACUAUAUCAAUUACCGAAAACAUCAUGUGACACACUUUUGGCCAAAGCUCCUGAUGAAGGUGACAGACCUGAGGAUGAUUGGAGCCUGCCAUGCCAGCCGCUUCCUGCACAUGAAGGUGGAAUGCCCCACGGAACUCUUUCCCCCAUUGUUCUUGGAAGUGUUCGAGGAUUAG